ACCAUGCUCGGACCUGCAGAUCUGAAGCUGUGCGGCACCGCCCUCCUGCUGGUCCUGGGGGUGCUCGCCAACUUCUUCAAUCUCGGGGUCAUGCUGGUGCAGCAGCGGAGCUCCGGAGGUGUGGACACCGUGGCCGUCAUCAUCUGCUUCAUCUCACUGAGCAACGUCCUGCUGCAGACAUCCACCUUCAUCCUGGUGGCGUCCGUCUGGGUCGGGGUGCUCUGCUGGCCGGACUUACCUUUCUUCUUCUGCGUCGUCCUGUUCGUGUGGCUCAGCAGCAGCUCCGUCAGUUUCUGGUCUGUCGCCUGGCUGAGCGUCCUCUACUGUAUUAAGAUUUUAAGCUUCUCCUCGGGUCUCUUUCGAGCGCUCAGGGAGAACAUCUCGACCAUCCUGAACGUCACCCUGGUGAUGACCUUGCUGACCUCCUGCGUGAUGUUCGCACCUUUUUUCUUCCUCCAUUUCGGCAGCAAAACUUUCGAUCAAAACAUGACAGACACAUGUAUCAGGAAGCCUCUUUUUCCUGCCUGGGUGGACGUCAACGUUUAUGUGAUCACCUUCAUCUGCUACCUCACCCUGAUGCCCUCGAUGAUCAUGCUCCCGACGUCACUGAGGCUGGUCGUCUACCUCUGCAAGCACACCUGGUCCAUGCAGAAGAAGCAGAGCGGCUCUCACGCCGCAAAGUCGUACCUGUUCGUCUGCAAGCUGACGGUGGCGCUGGUCUGGGUGUACCUCACCACGCUGCUCACCAUCUCCCUCUACUACUUCCACGCCAUCUUUGCUUCAGGGCUGAGCGCGGACUCGCUCUUCCUUGGCUUGUCGUUUUAUUGCGUGGCCUCUGCGGUGCUCCUCACCUGCUCCAACAAAAACCUGAGAGAGAAGCUCGGAGAGCUGAUCAGCAGGGGGAAGAACACAAACACACCGGCCAGGACUGCUGAGGAAAAGAGUGGAGCAACAGCAACAGUUUGACUGACUUUUGACUUUUAUUCAAAGGGAUAGUUCACCCAAAAAUUUCAGUCAUCAUGUACUCACCUUCAUGAAGAUUUAUAGUCCACAAAACACUGCAGGAGGUUCACAGGGAAAAGGUGUUACACUCAUCUCCUAAAUAAUUUAAGCAAAUGGUGACCAGGAU